AUUCCCCCUUCCUUCUUUCUUUUCUUCUCUCAAUUGGAUUCCACAACUGCGCGCAGACAUGUCGACUGCUGCUGAACAUACCGAGGAUCCCGGAAAGUCGGCCUCUUCUCCCGCUUCAGCCGCGGUGUCCGAGGGCGGCCCGACGAAUUCACCACCAGCGCCAACAACGGCUGAGGGGCUGGCUCCGCAGGCCACCGAGGCUCCGCAGGCUGUUGAGACCUCACUACUACCAGCGACCCACUGGACUCAACUUGCGCAGGACCAAGCCGAUGAGAUUGAGAAUGAUGCAGACUCGGCUUUUGGGGAUGUGGCCUCCUCGACAGACUCCAUCACCUCCAGCAUUCUCGAGUAUAGGACGAUUCAUGGCCGUACCUAUCAUAGCGAUUCCGUGCCUGGCAACGCUCAAUACUGGGGUUCCAACGACAGCCAGCAGACUCAGCAAAUGGAUAUAAAUCAUCAUUUCCUCACCCUCUGCACCGACAACAAACUCUAUUUUGCUCCUAUUGGCGAUGACGUCCAGAAAAUACUCGAUGUUGGCACUGGCACCGGAACGUGGGCAAUGGACUUUGCAGAUGACCAUCCAGAAACCGAGGUCAUUGGCACCGACAUCUCGCCCAUCCAGCCGCAGUGGAUCCCGCCCAACCUGAGGUUCGAGAUCGAGGACUGCACCUCAGAGUGGACCUUCGCGCCGACCUCGUUUGACUACAUCCACAUGCGCUAUCUGGUCGGCAGUAUCAUCGACUGGACUGUCCUGUUCAAGGAGGCCUUUACCGCUCUCAAGCCCGGCGGCUGGCUCGAGAGUUUCGAAGGGUCGCCACACAUGGUCAGCGACGACAACACUGUCCCCGAGAACUCGGCCAUCGCCCAGUGGGGGCGCUUCUUCGAGGAGGGCGGCAAGAAGAUAGGACGCUCUUUUAUCGUCGUCGAGGAGGGCAUCCAGAAGAAGGCUAUGGAGGAGGCUGGGUUCGUUGACAUCCAGGAAUGGGAACUUAAGGCCCCCGUUGGUGGAUGGCCACAGGACAAAAAGCUGAAGGAAUUAGGGACUUGGGCGCAGACCAGCCUGUUGGCUGACAUUGAGGGUCUUGUCCUAUUUGUUGCCAAUGUGAUCAACGGCUGGACAAGGGAGGAGGUGCUCGUCUACAUUGCCCAUCUCAGGCGGGAGGUUCGCUCGAAUAAGCACCAUGCGUACUUCAAGGUGAAGGCCGUCUGGGGUCGCAAGCCGGAGGAUGCAUAAAGUAGGCUUCAGGAUCGAAGUGACGAGCAUGAAUUGCUUAUUUUAUUUGGGUUUUUUUCCCUUCUUUCUCAGCGGGUGGACGGAAAAGCUUUGUGUGGGCAUGCAUGUAUACUUUAUAGCCUUGGGUGGAACUCUCGUUUAGCACGUAUAGUGUCCAGCGCUGCUUUGUUAGAUGAGUACUCUUUUUUCCUUCUGCUUGGCCUAUCUAGCGCUUCAAAAAUAUUUUGAUGGUGGGCAGGGGAGGAGGCAAGGCGCAGUGUGAUCAUGAGCAUGACCUUUUCCGUUACUUUAUAGCCCAUCACAAGUCAGAACGAAUUGGUUGCGUGUUCUUUCG